UGUUGAAUGGUUAAAGCGAGCCCUAUUACACUUUCAGAAAAAUUGGAUAUUUGGAUGUUUGGUUAUUUAUAAUUUGUUUUUUAAUCUAGUUCGUAAACUGUGAACCCAUCACUUAAAAAUGACCAAAGAGGAAGUAAGUGAAGACGUGUUGUACAAAACACACACUGCCAUAGAGAAGCUGUCAGAUGGCAGUUGUGUCAAACGAGUGACGAUAACUAGGAAUGGAAAAUCUGAAGUAAAAGAAGAAAAGGUAGAUUGCGAGUCUGCACUCAAUGACGCGAGAGGGACAGACGGCAAAGACGAGGUUGUAUUCAAACAAAACAAUGACGAUUUCGAUAAGAAGAUGAAAGAAAAAUUAAGCGAAAUGAACAAAAGCUUUUCUACCCAAAAAGAGCCUACUCUGUCAACUAGAGAAGAAACAUAUACUGAUGGAACCAACAAGACGGUAAAAGUAACUCGCGAAAGCAGUUCCAUAGAAGAAACCAAGAAAACAGAGAAGAUACCUGAUGGUACCAAAAGAUCCUUAAAAAUAACACGAGAAAGCUUUCUCGAAGAAACUAAGAAAAGCGUUAGUCCAGAAUCUGUAUUACCUGAGGACUUAAAAGAACGAGUCAACAUUCUGGACGAGAGCUUCAAGGAGCAGGCAAAUGAAGGAUCAGAAGGUGCGAGUUCUGAAAAAGUAGAACCUGAUGGAGCAGUACAAGGGAAUACUAAUGUCACUGAACCAUCUAAGGGCGAAAAGUCGGGAGCUUUGAGAGAAAUAGAGGAAUCAGAUGGUGACCUACCGGAAUCGGACGAAGGGGCUACAAACGAAAAUAUGGAACUAGCAGAAUCUGAAGACAGCUUCCUUACUAAGUUUGUGAAAACAGCUUUUAAAAUAUUAUUUUAUCCCUUAUAUGCAUUAAAUAUUUUGUAAAAUUUCAA